GUAAGUUUGCCAAACAAUGCUUUGCCAAAGAAGGUUGGCCAAAAAUGCUUUGACCGAAGAAAGAGGAAGAAUCUAGAGCAUCUGCAUACCAGACCCUAUAAAAUCUCCUUGGGACUACUUUGCCCUGCCCUCACUGAAAGUUUCAAGAGUCAUCUACUGACUUGCCUUCAAUAAAGUACAGCCAUGACUUCUCCGGACGCUGAGAUGGCUGUCUUUGGGGAGGCAGCUCCCUACCUCCGAAAGUCAGAGAAGGAAAGAAUCGAGGCCCAGAACAAGCCUUUUGAUGCCAAGUCAUCAGUCUUUGUGGCUCAUCCUAAGGAAUCCUUUGUAAAAGGAACUAUCCAAAGCAGGGAAUCAGGGAAGGUCACUGUUCAGACUGAAGCAGGAGAAACUCUGACGGUGAAGGAUGACCAAAUCUUCUCCAUGAACCCUCCCAAGUAUGAUAAAAUUGAGGACAUGGCCAUGAUGACCCACCUCCAUGAACCUGCUGUGCUGUACAACCUCAAAGAGCGUUAUGCAGCCUGGAUGAUCUACACCUACUCGGGUCUCUUCUGUGUCACCGUCAACCCCUACAAGUGGCUACCGGUGUACAACCCGGAGGUGGUGUUGGCCUACCGAGGCAAAAAGCGCCAGGAGGCCCCUCCACACAUCUUCUCCAUCUCUGACAAUGCCUAUCAGUUCAUGCUGACUGACCGCGAGAAUCAGUCAAUCCUGAUCACUGGAGAAUCUGGUGCAGGGAAGACUGUGAACACAAAGCGUGUCAUCCAGUACUUUGCAACAAUUGCAGUUACUGGUGAGAAGAAGAAAGACCAUCAGCCUGGUAAAAUGCAGGGAACCCUGGAGGAUCAGAUCAUCCAGGCCAACCCACUGCUGGAGGCCUUCGGAAAUGCUAAGACUGUCAGGAAUGACAAUUCCUCACGUUUUGGAAAGUUCAUCCGGAUUCACUUUGGAACAAAUGGCAAGCUGGCCUCUGCAGAUAUCGAAACCUAUCUUCUGGAGAAAUCCAGAGUGACUUUCCAGCUACCCAGUGAAAGGAGCUAUCAUAUUUUUUACCAGAUAAUGUCCAAUAAGAAGCCAGAGCUCAUUGAUCUCCUUCUUAUCUCAACCAAUCCCUACGACUUUGCCUAUGUGAGCCAAGGAGAAAUCACUGUUGCUAGCAUUGAUGACAGCGAGGAGCUGCUGGCAACGGAUACUGCCGUGGACAUCCUGGGCUUCAGCCUUGAUGAGAAGGUGGGGAUAUACAAGCUGACAGGGGCUGUCAUGCACUACGGGAACAUGAAGUUCAAGCAGAAGCAGCGGGAGGAGCAGGCAGAGCCAGACAGCACAGAAGUGGCUGACAAAGCUGGCUACCUGAUGGGUCUGAAUUCUGCUGAUUUGCUCAAGGCUUUAUGCUAUCCCAGGGUGAAAGUUGGGAAUGAAUACGUGACUAAAGGACAAAAUGUCCAACAGGUAUACAAUUCAGUGGGGGCUUUGGCUAAAUCAGUCUAUGAGAAGAUGUUCUUAUGGAUGGUUACUCGAAUCAACCAGCAACUGGAUACAAAGCAGCCCAGACAACAUUUCAUUGGUGUCCUGGACAUUGCUGGCUUUGAGAUUUUUGAUUUCAACAGCUUGGAGCAGCUGUGCAUCAAUUUCACCAAUGAGAAACUGCAGCAGUUCUUCAACCACCACAUGUUUGUGCUGGAGCAGGAGGAGUACAAAAAGGAAGGAAUUGAAUGGGAGUUCAUUGACUUUGGGAUGGACCUGGCUGCCUGCAUUGAGCUCAUUGAGAAGCCCAUGGGCAUCUUCUCCAUCCUGGAAGAGGAGUGCAUGUUUCCCAAGGCAACUGAAACCUCUUUCAAAAACAAGCUCUAUGACCAGCAUCUGGGCAAGUCCAACAAUUUCCAGAAGCCCAAGCCUGGCAAAGGCAAGGCUGAGGCCCACUUCUCCCUGGUGCACUAUGCUGGCACAGUAGACUACAACAUCUCUGGCUGGCUUGAGAAGAACAAGGAUCCCCUGAAUGAAACUGUUGUUGGGCUAUACCAGAAAUCAUCUUUGCAGCUCCUGUCCUUCCUUUACUCUAACUAUGCUGGUGCAGAAACAAGUGAUAGUAGUGGUGGCAAGAAAGGUGCUAAGAAGAAGGGGGGCUCUUUCCAGACAGUGUCUGCUGUGUUCAGGGAAAAUCUAAACAAGCUGAUGACUAACCUGAGAAGUACCCAUCCUCACUUUGUGCGUUGCUUGAUUCCUAAUGAGACCAAGACACCCGGUGAAAUGGACCAUUACUUAGUGAUGCAUCAGCUGCGGUGCAAUGGGGUUCUAGAAGGCAUCCGAAUUUGCAGGAAGGGGUUUCCAAGCAGAAUCCUUUAUGCAGAAUUUAAGCAACGGUACAAGAUUCUUAAUGCCUCAGCCAUUCCAGAAGGCCAAUUCAUUGACAGCAAAAGGGCUUCAGAAAAGCUUCUUUCCUCCAUUGAUGUGGACCACAACCAAUACAGAUUUGGCCACACCAAGGUGUUCUUCAAAGCGGGUCUCUUAGGACUCCUAGAAGAGAUGAGAGAUGAGAAGCUUGUGAGCCUCAUCACUCAUACACAAGCUAUGUGCAGAGGGUACCUCAUGAGAACUGAAUUUAAAAAGAUGAAUGAAAGAAGAGAAUCCAUUUAUAUUAUCCAAUACAAUGUUAGAGCAUUCAUGAAUGUCAAGCACUGGCCCUGGAUGAAGCUGUACUUCAAGAUGAAGCACAUGUCGAAGACUGUAGAAUCUGAGAAGAUGGCAAAUAUGAAGGAAGAGUUUGAGAAAACCAAGGAAGAGCUUGCAAAGUCUGAGGCAAAGAGGAAGGAGGUGGAGGAGAAAAUGGCAUGUCUGUUGCAAGAGAAAAAUGACCUGCAGCUGCAGGUUCAGUCUGAUAGUGAAAAUCUAGCUGAUGCUGAAGAGAGAUGUGAAAGUCUCAUCAAAAGUAAAAUUCAGCUAGAAGCUAAAAUUAAAGAACUUAGUGAAAGAAUGGAGGAUGAAGAGGAGAAGAAUGCUGAACUGACAGCAAAGAAGAGGAAACUUGAAGAUGAGUGCUCUGAGCUGAAGAAAGAUAUUGAUGACCUCGAACAGACUCUGGCCAAAAUGGAAAAGGAGAAGCAUGCAGCAGAGAAUAAGGUAAAGAAUCUAACUGAAGAGAUCACGGCUCUGGAUGAAAAUAUUUCUAAACUUACCAAGGAGAAAAAGGCCUUACAGGAGGCGCACCAGCAGACACUGGAUGACCUGCAAGCUGAGGAAGACAAAGUCAGCACACUCACCAAAACCAAGACCAAAUUGGAGCAGCAAGUAGAUGUUCUUGAAGGGUCUCUGGAACAACAGAAGAAAUUGCAAAUGGACCUUGAGAGAGCAAGGAGAAAACUGGAAGAGGAUCUGAAAAUGUCUCAGGUUUCCAUCAUGGAUCUGGAAAAUGAUAAGAAACAGAUGGAUGACAGGAUAAAAAAAAAAGAUUUUGAAAUUAACCAGCUGCAAAGUAAAAUUGAGGAUGAGCAGGCUCAAAGUUCUCAGCUGCAAAAGAAAAUCAAGGAACUUCAGACUCGAAUCGAGGAAUUAGAGGAGGAAAUUGAAGCUGAACGUGCAGUCUAUGCAAAGACUGAAAAGCAGCGAGCUGAACUUUCCAGGGAGCUGGAGGAAAUCAGCGAGCGCCUGGAAGAAGCAGGAGGGGCUACGGCAGCUCAGAUUGAGAUGAACAAGAAGCGUGAGGCAGAAUUUCAGAAGAUGCGCUGUGACCUCAAAGAGGCCACACUGCAGCACGAAGCCACAGCUGCCGCCCUGCGGAAGAAGCACGCAGACAGCACAGCUGAGCUUGGGGAGCAGAUCGACAACCUGCAACGAGUCAAGCAGAAGCUGGAGAAGGAGAAGAGUGAGCUGAAGAUGGAGAUAGAUGACUUGGCCAGUAACAUGGAGUCUGUCUCUAAAGCCAAGAGCAAUCUGGAAAAGAUGUGCAAAGCUCUUGAAGACCAGUUCAGUGAAGUCAGAACCAAAGAUGAUGAACAUAUGCGGCUAAUUAAUGAUCUGACCACACAGAAAACACGUCUACAGACUCAGAAUGAUGAACUAAUGCAGCAACUAGAGGAGAAGGAGUCAAUAAUUUCUCAGUUGACUAGAGGCAAACAGUCUUUCACACAGCAGAUAGAAGAGCUGAAGAGGCAACUUGAGGAAGAAAAUAAGGCCAAGAAUGCCCUAGCCCAUGCCUUGCAGUCUGCUCGCCAUGACUGCGACUUGCUCCGGGAUCAAUAUGAACAGGAGCAAGAAGCCAAGGGAGAGCUGCAGCAUGCCCUGUCCAAAGCCAACAGCGAAGUGGCCCAGUGGAGAACCAAAUAUGAGACAGAUGCUAUUCAGCGCACAGAGGAGCUGGAGGAAGCAAAAAAGAAGCUUGCUCAGCGGCUGCAGGAUUCAGAGGAACAGACUGAGGCUGUCAAUUCAAAGUGUGCUUCACUGGAGAAGACAAAGCAGAGGCUGCAGGGGGAAGUGGAUGAUCUCAUGAUUGAGAUGGAGAAGUUGAAUGCAGCAUGUACAGCAUUUGAUAAAAAGCAGAAGAAUUUUGACAAGGUUGUGGCUGAGUGGAAGCAGAAGUACCAGGAGAGUCAGGCUGAGCUGGAAGCUGCCAAGAAGGAGUCUUGCUCCCUUAGCACUGAGAUAUUCCGGAUGAAGAAUGCCUACAAAGAAGUUCUUGACCAGGCAGAGACUGUCAGACGGGAGAACAAAAACCUCCAGCAGGAAAUUUCUGAUCUUACUGAACAGAUUGCUGAAGCUGGAAAAACUAAUCACGGACUGGAGAAAGCAAAAAAGCAAACUGAACAAGAAAAAUGUGACCUUCAGGCAGCAUUAGAAGAAGCAGAGGGCUCUUUAGAACUUGAAGAGGGAAAAAUCUUGCGUGUUCAGCUGGAGCUGAACCAAGUGAAGUCAGAUGUUGAUAGAAGGAGUGCAGAGAAAGAUGAGGAAAUUCAACAGCUGAAGAGGAAUCACCAGAGGGUAUUAGAGUCUAUGCAAACUGCGUUGGAUGCUGAGAUUAGAAGCAAAAACGAUGCUUUGAGGCUGAAGAAGAAGAUGGAGGGAGAUCUAAAUGACAUGGAGAUACAGCUGAGCCGUGCCAACUGUCUGGUGGCAGAGACACAGAAGCACAUCAAAGGCAUGAAAGGGCAACUUGAGGAUUCCCAGCUCCAUUUGGAUGACGCUUUGAGAGAGAAUAAUGACCUGAAGGAGCAGCUUGCUAUGGUAGAGCGUAGGAACAACCUGAUGACAACAGAACUUGAGGAGAUGAGAGCUGCCCUGGAGCAGACAGAGCGAGUCUGGAAAGUUUCUGAGCAGGAGCUGAUAGAUGCCAGUGAGCAAGUGCAGAUUCUCCACUCUCAGAACACAAGCCUCCUCAACAUCAAGAAGAGACUGGAAGCAGACAUUACUCAUUUACAGAAUGAAGUUGAAGAGAUCAUUCAGGAAGCCAGAAAUGCAGAGGAGAAAGCCAAAAAAGCAAUCACAGAUGCGGCCAUGAUGGCAGAAGAGCUGAAGAAGGAGCAGGACACCAGUGCCCACCUGGAGAGUAUGAAGAAGAAUCUGGAACAAAUGGUGAAGGACCUGCAGCACCGUUUGGAUGAGGCUGAGCAGCUGGCACUGAAGGGUGGAAAGAAGCAACUCCAGAAACUAGAGGCAAAGAUUCAUGAGCUAGAAAAUGAGCUUGACAUUGAGCAGAAACGAGGAACUGAGUCAGUGAAAGGUGCUCGCAAGUAUGAACGAAGACUGAAGGAGCUCACUUACCAGUCUGAAGAGGAUAAGAAAAAUAUUUUCCAGCUUCAGGAACUGGUGGACAAGCUACAGUUAAAAGUGAAAGCAUACAAGAAACAGGCUGAGGAAGCUGAAGCACAGGCAAACAUUAAUCUCUCUCGAUGCCGCAAGACCCAGCACAAGUUGGAAGAGGCUGAAGAACGAGCUGAUAUUGCUGAAAGUCAGGUUAAGAAACUGCGAGUCAAAAGCUGUGAUAUUGGAAGACAGGUGAGUUCAAAGGCUGCAGAGAAGGACCCUUCCUAUUCACUAAGUGCCACAAAGAUCUCUGCUCAAACACCUGGCAGCCACAGCUGUCUUUUUCCCACUUUUGCACUGGAUUGUCAUCGUAAAGGAAAGAUAGAGUUGGCACUUAUUCAAAAGCAGUGUUUUUUGAAAAUCCUGUUGGUGCCUCCCAAGAUACAUACCAGAUAUAAUCUACUGUAAGAAUCCAGGUCUUUC